CUGAAAGUUUUCCUUAUUGUUCACAGCAAAACCAAAAUUUAUAAUGAACACAAUUCAUGUAAUUUGACUCUCCAAACUUUGCUCUGAACAUGCAUGAGUACAGCCAAACCAAGCUCGACUGCUUCCACCAUGAACUAGGUCUGAACUACACGAUCUCGUUAGUUAGGAUUGUUAAUUAAUUGUUUUAGAAGACACCUAACACAUGAGCACACAUAAAUAACUUAGGAGGCGAGCAUAGGAGAUGAAUCCACCAAAGCUCUAUCAACAAAGCCCAAUUGAGAAGCAGGGUCAGGCUUGGCUCGAGCUCAUGGAACAUCACACCAUUGAUGUGCUUCCAGAAAUGCUGGUAGAGAAACGAGAAAGUGGAUCAUGAUGCAUCAUAACGUUGUUCUUGGGUUGGUAGCAUUUGUGCUAGUUGCUCGGAUACCUUUUUUUCUUCUUCUUUUCACCUACUUGUGUAUAUGGGUUUUCUAUCCACUUCGUAUCGGUUCGGCCUUGUUCUUAUAAAACACAAUUCCUUGUUGUUGUUACGCUAUCCGGGGUCCAAUAGCACCAGUGUUUCCUGUUGGAACGUGCCCACGUCCCUCUCGUCAGGUGGCUAGCCAUGCAGCCCGCGUCGUGCGCGUCUCCAACAGCCCACGUACUCCAUGUUUAUCCUCUCCUGCAUGGUAGCGAUAGCCGGCUAAGGCCGUUGUACUCUCCCACGUUUCCCCUGCUUCUUCUCCUGUAAACUGUAUAAAUGUACUUUGAUGGACGAAUAGAAGCAGUGUGUGAGUGUUACAUAUCUCAACUUGGUAUCAGAUACCAGCACCUCGAUCCUUCUUUCUCUCGACGCUUCCGCCAUGCAUCGUCUUCUCCGCUGUACCCGCUCGGCCGACUUCGACGCGCCGGCGUCCGCUCCGUUCGCCGCCGUUCCCGUCGCCGCGGCCGCUCCCGCUGCGGCUGCACCCUCUCAGGCAGCUCCCGCUGCCGCGGUCACCACCACCACGGCUGCACCCGCGCCCCGCCGUGCGCACCUCGGCGACCUGGGCAAGACGCCAGUUCCUGACGGCGUCGCGGCUCCUUCCUCGUCCACCUCGGCGCCCCGUGCGGCGCCCUCUGUCCAGCCAGCCGCAGGCGUCCUGCGCACCGCCGGCAGCACCCCCGUACUGCGCCUCCCGCUGGGCGGCCCCGGCAGCGCCAUCGUCAACCACCUCGGCCCGGGGCGCUCCGACGCCGGUCCUUCCUCCACUGUCGGCCUCCCGCCCUCCAUCGCGCACUACUUCACCACCAAGCUUCACCUCGAGUCCGGUAACUACUCGCGCUGGCAUCAACUCUUUUACAUCAUCGCUUGCAAACAUGAGGUUCAGCAUCAUCUCGACGCCGCCACCGAGCCGCUCGGCCAGAGCGCCGUGUGGCGCAACGAAGACUUGUCCAUAGUGUUGUGGAUGCACGGCGUCGUCGCCGAGGAGCUCAUGGACGUCGUGGCGUCCCCAGACAGCACCGCCUAUGACAUCUGGACCCAGCUCCACGUCCUCUUCAUGGACAAUCAGCCGGGCUGCGCCGUCAUCCUCGGGGCGGAGUUCGAGAACCUCGUCCAGGGCGACCUCUCCGUCGCCGAAUACAGCCGGAGGCUCAAGUCCCUGGCCGACGCUCUCGAGGACGUCGGCGAGCACAUCUCCGAUCAGGCCCUCACGCUCCAGCUCAUCCGCGGCCUCAACCGCAAGUUUCAGAUCAUGGCGACGCUCCUUCCGAUGCAGUCGCCGUUCCCCUCCUUCGUGCAGGCCCGCUCCCGCCUCCUCAUGGAGGAGAUCUCUGCCAACGAGCGGGAUCGACUGGACAGCCGUCCGGAACUCCCAGCCGCUGCGCUCACCAUCGGGCACGGGCCGAGUGGUGGCUCCUCUCCCUCCCCUGAUCGCGGAUCAGGCAGCGACUCCGUCAACAAGGGCAAGGGCGCCGCUGCAUCUCCCACGGGCGACAGGGGCAGUGGCUCGCGUGGGCGUGGGCGCGGGCGUGGUCGCGGCCGCGGCGGCCAGUUGUCUGGUGGCGCUCCCGCUGGGCGCGGCGCCGCUCCGGCCGGGCCGCAGCCCCGACUGGCUUCUUCGCUCCAUACGGCGCCCUCCUCCCCGGCCUGCCUGCACCACGGGCCCCUUGGGCUGCGCCGAACGCCGCCGGCGUCCUAGGCCCACGUCCUCCUGCACCGCAUCAGGCCUACCCCGUGCCCUCGACGUCUUCAAGCAGGCCUACCUGGGAGCAGUAUAAUUAGCUGUACGCUGCUCUCCAGGGCCUCUCCAUGCAGCAGCAGCACGUCGGCAGCACGCCGGACUGGUUCCUCGACACGGGCGCUACGUCGCACGUCGCUGGACCUAGCCACGGGGAAGCUAAUCAUGAGGUCCAAUAGCCAUGGGGACCUUUAUCCUUUCUUCAACAACUCCGGCGUUCAAGCAGUGCUCUCCGUCGCCACCGAUGACAUAUGGCAUCUUCGCUUAGGGCAUGCUAGCAAUAAAUCAGUUUCCAUUCUAGCACGUGAUUUUCUUCCUAAUUGUAAUAAAACUAUGCCUAGCACUUCCGUUUGCUCAUCAUGUAAACUUGGCAAGCAGCCUCGACUGCCUUUUUCCCAUUUCAUUCCUAAAACAAGUGCACCUUUCCAAUUAAUACAUUGUAACU